AUGCGCUUCCAAUUCCAUCUCCUCCCGCACCGCAUUGGCCUCUUCUCGUCGAUCUCCUCCAUGUCCAGCUCGCGCCCCGCCUCCAGGCUCAUCCGCGCAUCCCGCCCGGAGCUCAACCCAGUUCAAACUGUAAGGGAAGUGAAGUUUGAACCCGGUGUUUCUUUUGACUACUCCAAGUCUGAAAUGAAUUCUGUCAAGAGGAAAAGGCUGAACCGGGUGCUUGAAGUAAAGGAGGAGCUUCCUAAGAAGCAGGUUAGUAUUGUUCCUGACAUUGAAGAUUUUCGAUAUGUAAAGACUGAGGCAGAAACGUCAGUAACUGCAAAGAGGGUAUCAGCAUCAUCAAAUAAGAACAGUUCACCAGGUGUAAAGGAAGUGAAGUGUGAACCCAGUGUUUCUUUUGACUACUCCAAAUCUGAAAUGAAUUCUGUGGAGAGGAAAAGGCUGAACCGGGUGCUUGAGGUAAAGGAGGAGCAUCCUAAGAAGCAGGUUGGUGCUGUUCCUGACAUCGAUGAUUUUCGAUAUGUAAAGACCGAGGCAAAAACAUCAGUAUCUACGAAGAGGGUACCAGCAUCAUCAAAUAAGAACAGUUCACCAGUCAGGUUGGAGAAAAAGAUCAGAGUUUCAUCUGUUGUGAAAGUGGAAGUUGCAGCUCCAGAAAAUUGGGAAGCAGUUCUUGCAGGUAUUAAAAACAUUAGGUUAUCUGGCCAGGCCCCCGUAGAUACAAAGGGCUGUGAAAAGGCUGGUUCUCUUCUUCCACCCAAGGAAAGAAGGUUUGCAGUUCUUAUAUCAACAAUGAUGUCAAGCCAGACAAAAGAUGAAGUUACGCAUGCUGCUGUGGAGCGUCUCGGUGAGAACGGUUUACUUGACCCUGAUGCUAUCGUCAGAACAGAUGAGGCCACACUGGCAAAUCUUAUCAAACCUGUUGGAUUCUAUCAGAGGAAGGCCCAAUUCAUAAAAGAAGCUUCCAGAAUUUGCCUUGAGCGAUUUGGAGGAGAUAUUCCAGAUACUUUGACUGAUCUGCUUGCUCUGAAAGGAGUUGGCCCUAAAAUGGCUCAUCUGGUGAUGAGCAUCGCAUGGAAGAAUACUCAAGGAAUCUGUGUGGACACUCAUGUGCAUCGCAUUUCCAACCGUCUUGGAUGGGUUUUCCGAGAAGGAACAAAGCAGAAAACUACUACACCAGAACAGACAAGGAUGUCUCUUGAGAAGUGGCUGCCCAAGGAUGAGUGGGAGCCAAUAAACCCGCUACUGGUCGGAUUUGGUCAGACAAUCUGUACUCCGCUGAGGCCCAAAUGCGGCAGCUGUGGCAUAAACACCAUUUGCCCAUCAGCUUUUAAGGAAGCGUCAAGUCCCAAUCCGAAGCAAAAGAGGCGAGGUCUAGGUCCAACCUAA